CAUACUACAGUGAGGCACUGAAUAAUCUAAAGAACGAACGUACGUAUCAAGCAAACAGAAAACACCACGUGACAAAACGACAUGAAAUUUGCCAACUGCACAACACACGGCUUUUGUUUUCUUUAUUAGUAGUUUUAACCAUAAGUCGCCAUCGUGUAACCUAGGCAAAUUUUUGUCAGCGAAGAAGCAGAAGAAACCAUCGCGAGGUCGCCGGUGCGCGCGCCAUCACGCGACGAGAAGCAGCUUCCGAACGCACCGGUUAGGUCGCACUCCGGCAUCGCUCCUUUGCAACGUCUCAAGCCUUCGCGCCCAAAGGCGGCGAGAUACGAACCGUCGACCACUGCAACGCAAACCGCGUCACUGCCCUCACACAGCCGAAGACAGCAUCGGCCUUCACCGGUGUCGCCACACGAGGGCUAGCGGGCGACGGCCAACAUGGACGGAGCCGAAGACAAGCAGGCCGCCACCGCCGAUCAGCGGACGACCACUCUGACGCCGUCGCCGCCGUCGCACGACGCCGACAAGACGGCCGACCGGAAAGACAAACAAGCCACCGUCGACCAGCCGUUGAGCGCUCUGCAGACGUCCUCGCUCUCGCCACAGCGGGACCCCGUCAAGACGGCCGACGGGAAAGACAAACAAGCCACCGUCGACCAGCCGUUGAGCGCUCUGCAGACGUCCUCGCUCUCGCCACAGCGGGACCCCGUCAAGACGGCCGACGGGAAAGACAAACAAGCCACCGUCGACCCGCCGUUGAGCGCUCUGCAGACGUCCUCGCUCUCGCCACAGCGGGACCCCGUCAAGACGGCUGACGGGAAAGACAAACAAGCCACCGUCGACCCGCCGUUGAGCGCUCUGCAGACGUCCUCGCUCUCGCCACAGCGGGACCCCGUCAAGACGGCCGACCGGAAAGACAAACAAGCCACCGUCGACCCGCCGUUGAGCGCUCUGCAGACGUCCUCGCUCUCGCCACAGCGGGACCCCGUCAAGACGGCCGACGGGAAAGACAAACAAGCCACCGUCGACCAGCCGUUGAGCGCUCUGCAGACGUCCUCGCUCUCGCCACAGCGGGACCCCGUCAAGACGGCCGACGGGAAAGACAAACAAGCCACCGUCGACCCGCCGUUGAGCGCUCUGCAGACGUCCUCGCUCUCGCCACAGCGGGACCCCGUCAAGACGGCCGACGGGAAAGACAAACAAGCCACCGUCGACCCGCCGUUGAGCGCUCUGCAGACGUCCUCGCUCUCGCCACAGCGGGACCCCGUCAAGACGGCCGACGGGAAAGACAAACAAGCCACCGUCGACCAGCCGUUGAGCGCUCUGCAGACGUCCUCGCUCUCGCCACAGCGGGACCCCGUCAAGACGGCCGACGGGAAAGACAAACAAGCCACCGUCGACCCGCCGUUGAGCGCUCUGCAGACGUCCUCGCUCUCGCCACAGCGGGACCCCGUCAAGACGGCCGACCGGAAAGACAAACAAGCCACCGUCGACCAGCCGUUGAGCGCUCUGCAGACGUCCUCGCUCUCGCCACAGCGGGACCCCGUCAAGACGGCCGACGGGAAAGACAAACAAGCCACCGUCGACCAGCCGUUGAGCGCUCUGCAGACGUCCUCGCUCUCGCCACAGCGGGACCCCGUCAAGACGGCCGACGGGAAAGACAAACAAGCCACCGUCGACCCGCCGUUGAGCGCUCUGCAGACGUCCUCGCUCUCGCCACAGCGGGACCCCGUCAAGACGGCCGACGGGAAAGACAAACAAGCCACCGUCGACCCGCCGUUGAGCGCUCUGCAGACGUCCUCGCUCUCGCCUCACGACGGUCGGCGGGAGGCCAUCAAGGAGGCCGCCGGCGCCGAAGAGUACGCGGCGUUUCAGAUUGCUCACGUCCCCCUGCCCACGUCCGAUCCGACGUCCCCGAUGUCGCCGCCGGAAGGUCAGCAGGACGUCGGCCAGAGCACCACGGCCGUGGCUGCUACGACCGCGGCCACGGCGGCAGCGCGAACGUCGCCGCUGGACCAGAUCCUCAUCUGCGGCCACGGCCGGUUCCAGGCGAUCGUGCUGGUCUGCACCGCGCUGGCCUUCUUCACGACCAUCGUGCACGCGCUCGCCUCCGCCAACCUGGCGAGACCCGUGGACCACUGGUGCAGGCCUCCCGCCGCGUACUCGCACAUGAGCCCGGAGGCGUGGAGGAACGUCGCCAUACCGGUCGUCCGGGACGGAGACGGCGGCGAGACCAGAAGCCAGUGCCUCCGCUUCGAGCCUCCGUUGCCGGACGCCGAGUCGUCGGGCGAGUCCCCGGACAACCGGACCGCGGUCCCCUGCGACGCCGGCUGGCAGUACGAGUCCGGGGCGAGCUCGGGCGAACCCCGCCACGCCAUCUUCUUCGGCGACUCUCGCGUCCACUCCAUCGUGGACGAGUGGGACCUGGUGUGCGGCCGCGGCUGGAUCGUGUCGGCGCUCGCCGCGGCCUACAUGGCCGGGGGCGUGGUCGGCGCUCCGAUCGCGGGCGUAGCGGCCGACCGCACCGGUCGCCGGCCCGUGCUCUGCGUCUGGCUCGUGUUGCUCGUCUUCGCCGGCACCAUGCUCGCGUUCGCCCAAAAUGUGUCCCUCUUCUGCACGCUGCGGUUCCUGCUGUCGGCGGGCGCCGCCGGAGUGCUGGUGGCGUCCCACGUGAUGCUCUUCGAGGUGACCGACACGGAGCACCGCGCCCCCUACUGCGCCUUCGCUGUCGCGGGGGCCACGUUCUUCGCUGCCGUGUACAGCGAGCUCGUCCACGUGUUCCUCUACAACUGGCACGACGCGCAGGUGGCCUACAUGGUGCCAACCUGCGGCCUGGUCGUCGCGGUGUACCUGAUGGAGGAGUCCCCCUGCUGGCUCCUGGCCUUCUACGAGCUGCGCAAUGCCGAGAACGUGCUCGCUCGGGCAGCGUACAUCAACGCAAUCGAGCCGCAGCAGUUUAGGCGCCGGCUGUCGGCGCUCAAGGUCGAGGUGAAGCGGCAGCACGAGCACCUGGGGACCCAGCAAGAACCGGAAGCCGGCCACGCCAUCGUCCCGGAUCACGAGGUACGCCUGUCGGACCUGCUGUCCUACCAGCCCCUGCGCCAGCGGUCGGCCAUCAUCUUCGGCUGCUGGUUUCUGGUGUUCGGCACCUUCUCGCACCUCAGCACGAGUCACGUGAUGCGCACGAACGAAGCGGCGCGCGCCACCUUGGUGCUCCUGCGGAUGCCCUGCGUCGUGGCGGACGUCUACGUCCUCAAGCACGUCGGCCGGCGCCUGUCUCUCGCCGCCAGCAUGCUGGCCCUGUCCCUGGCCAUGGGCGCCCUGUCCGCGGCCCACGUCUUCGACCAGCUGGCCGCCGUCCUCGUCGUCUCGGGGCUCGUCGUCUUCGACCUGUCCGCCAUCACGGUGUUCGCCUUGUCCGCCGAGCUCUACCCGACCGUGAUCCGAGGGUCGGCGCUGGGCUGCUGCUACAUGAGCGGCCGGCUCGGCGCCCUGGUGGCGCCGUUCGUGAACGAGAUCCCGUCGCCGCUGCUCAAGAGCGUUGCGUACGCCGUCUCCGCCGCCAUGUUGUUGCUGUUGGGCACGAUGGCGUUCGCGCUGCCGGAGACGAGGCACCUGCCGCCCUCGAACACGGUGCAGGGCAUGAUGGCCGCGGAGGACAAGUGGCAGCUCUACACCCCGCUUCGCGUGGCCCGAAGCGGAGGCAAGCGCAGGCGCUCCAAGGCGACGUUGCCGGAGAGCCACCAAAUGCGACGUCGCAGUUCUUUGUCGCGACAGCAAGCUGUAGUGCGUGUGAAGCCGGCGGCCAGCAGCUGACAUGUCCGCAAAGAACUUGCGGCAGACUGCGGCUUCUUCGUUUAUUUUAUUAUUUUAUUCUCUAUCAUCGUGUGUCAAGCUUUACUUUUGCGUUUAAUGUCAACGCGCUGUUUUUGUGACGUUUAUUGACUAUCGCUCGCUCAAACUACCUGCAGUUGAAGCGGGACAUUUCGUUUAACCGCUUUGCGAACUGCGAAUCACAUUAGUAGUGUAUUACAUGACGCGUCCAAGAGGACACCGUAUCCCUGAAACAGAACAGUUGCUAGGAUGCCGUUUCUCGCGUGCGUUGGGAGUUGGGCUAGAUAUGGGACUUCAAAGCGCUGCGCACUGGAUAGACUGCUGACUGGACAUCGCCCCCAAGGGCUCUGUGGUCGCUGCGCAUGCGUUAGCUGAGAGGAGGUGAGAAAGAACAAGUUUGCUUCACCGGAUGUGACGACACAUGGUUGUUGUUUUCUUUAAAUACUUACUCUCGAACUCAGA